UGGCCGCCGACACGCGGAGAGAGCUUCCUGUUACAGGUCCAACCACCCUAUUGUUCGAUGACCGUAUCGUUCUGGUUCUAUGCCGUUCGGUUCGGUUCGUCAAGGGCUGCUCUCAGUGGUGAUCGUAAUUCAAAUAUUGGAAAUAUGUUAAAGAUACAUUGCUGACAUCAGCCAUGAGUAACAAGGGCGCCACCACAGGUGGGGUUGGAUCAGUUUCGGAUGACAGCGCUGCAGUUCUGCCUGAAGGAUCCGAUGUCUCCUCACACGCCCCCGCACCUGUGUCAGGGUCCACUGAUCCAGACGAAGGAAGCUUUCUUGGCCAAGUCAGGGACGAGUCUGUGUUUGGAUCUGGCCCAAUGAGGCAGUUGUCUCAGUUGAGUAGCACUAGUGAAGUCUCGGAAGGUGUUACAAGUAUGUCAUCUGGCAAGGAUGAUGUUUGUGGGCGUAGGUCACCUGCAUCUCGACCAACUUCAGAGUUGUCUCAGUUAUUAUUCUCCCCCCACCAGCUUGGUUCAUCUGGCGGGUUUGUACCAGUAUCUCCCAGUUCUAGGCAGUCAGCCGUUUCCCAGGUGCCCCAGCACAGCGACCUCGUGACUUCAGUGAGUGGUUCCCCUCGAGGGGAAGAUUCCGAUCUCUACUCACGUCCUACGUCCAUCCAUCAGUCCCCUCAGCUCAGUGUGAGGAGUGGCUCCAUUGGCUCCAGUGGCUCCUACAGACUUGGGGGACACUCCAAACUCACACCCAAUAUCGGCAGACAUGUUCCUGGCGUGUCUCCGACGUCUUCCAAAGAGGCUGUGAGUGAAGCUCGUACUCCGCCAACUGAGGGCCAUCAACCGCUUCUUGUGCAGCUGUCCAGCGGAAAACGAGCGGAACUGUCUCACGUCUCGGAUCAGGAACAUAGGAAGAGUAUUGCAGAUUCAAGGUUAUCCCGAGGUCGGGACAAAAACGUAAGCGAAUCUUUGUCUGCUGUGAAGGAAGAUGGGGAGGCGAUUUAUCCACAGAUGUCACGAGUUGGAUGGCAUAGCCUGGACACAGAGGACAAUGAUGAUACCUUCUAUCAUGGCUUGAAUCCUAUGUAUGCAACUGUCACCAGCAAUGCCUCCGCCUUCAGUCGAGAGUCUUCAGACAUGGCCUACAUUCCGAACUUCCCUGGGGGAGUCCUACACUUUGUACAGGAAGGAGACUCUGUCUUCAACCAGAUGGAUCGUUAUUAUGUGUGUAUACCUCGAGACAGCACAGUAGAUGAUGUUGCAAGUUACAUCGCCGGUGGCUGGCGGCGGCGUACUCCCAAGAUUGUGCUGUCUGUGAUCAGCAGUGUGCAGUACUUCAAGGCCUGGGAGAAUGAGAGAAGUGUCGACAACUUUAAGAGAGGACUCAUUCAGGCGGCAAACUUGACUGAGAUGUGGAUUCUGACUGAUGGCCUUGACCGUGGGGUGGCGAAGAUGAUUGGCAAUGCUGUGUACCAGGAAAUGGCCCGCAGGAAGUGCCAGGAAAUGGAUGCUCAGGUGGUCAAGAACGUGUACAUGGUGGAGAAAGUGACCAAACUGACUGUGCUGGGCGUCGUCAACAAGGAGCACAUCGCGUACUCCGAAGCCUUGAGCGGAGAGCACAAGGACCCACAGGAACUAGAGAACUCGGGCUACAAGCCAUCGUCAGGGAAGUACAACUUGAACCCAAACCACACCCACUUCAUCCUGGGGGAGGAAGUCACCUCGCAGGAACUCAUCAACUUCCGAUAUAACCUGGAACUUCGCUUCCAGAUGCCCGUGGGUCGUCCCCGGCGAUAUCGACGGAUGCCUUCAAGUCAGACCACCCUGUUUGCAGGGAACAGUGAGGUGGAUCUGGUGCAGACCCACAUGCCUACAGUGGAGGGGACCACCACUCCUGUCAUCGGCCUCCUGAUUCAGGGAGGACCGCCCGAUAUUGACCACACCCUUGCCCUCCUCAAGAAGAAGAUACCUGUGAUAGUUAUGAAAGGCUUUGGUCUCGCAGCUGAUCUGAUUGCAUUUGCCUACCAGGAAAUGAAGGAAAGAUCUGAUGAUGACCACGUCAACAUGUUCGUCAAACCAGAACUGAUGAAGAAGGUCAAGGAUGCAUUUCCAAAGGAUUUCAAGGACGAUGAUCUUGCUCGUAAUGAGUGUCGGGACAAGAUUCUAGAGUGUGCAAUAAUGGCUCAUCAGGACAGUCUCACAUACCUGACAAUCCUAGACACCAGCAGUAAGGAGUCGGAUCUCACCCACCUCAACAAGUACAUCCUGAAAGCACUCUUCAAAGCUCAGACACGGAAACUGGGGACUCGAUGGCGGGAACAAAUCCAGAGGGACCUUCAACUCACUCUGGACUGGAACAGACCUGAUCUAGCAAACACUGAAAUCUUCAAGAAAUAUAACUGGAUUAAUAUCAAGGUGGAGGACCACGUGUUUCAUCAGGCGCUGAUCAGAACAGGCCGCGAGGAGUUUGUGGAGCUGUUUCUCAACAAGGGCUUCCGGGUCCACCGCUACCUCCACCACAAGCGUCUGCACAACCUGUUUGAGAAUGCCCAGGACAAGGAGUUCUUCAUCGGGGUCUGUCUGGAGGGUGUGCUGGGGAAGUCUGUGGACCCGUAUGCUCCGCUGGACCGUGAGUUUGUUGAGACUGAGAGCUGUGACCUGAACCGGCUGAUAUACAGGUGUACGCGACUAUCGAAGCUGGUCAACCCUUACACGUUGUCCAUGAACGCCCUCGGCUCGUACAUCACGGACAAGGAUGUGGCUGAGAGGAGGGCUGUCAACACGCUGGUGUUCUGGGCAGCGCUGACCAACAGACCGAAGCUGGCCAAGGUGUUCUGGCGCAAGACGGAGGACCCCAUGGCGAUGGCUCUUAUCAUCAGCAUGCUGAUGCACAACCUGGCCAAGCGGUGGUGCAAGGAGCCGGACAUCCGGUACAGUGUCAAAAACACAGCAAUUGAGUUUGGCAAGAUGGCCGUCAGCCUGUUGGACCUCUGCUACAAGGACUCCACCAAUCAGGCCUUUCAAGCUCUCAACAAGACUCUGCAAGACUUCAAUGACAAGACAGUGGUGGAGAUUGCCAGGAUGGGCAAAAACAAAUGGUUCAUUGCCCAUCCUUGUUGCCAGAAGUGGCUGUCUCGCCGUUGGUAUGGAAACCUACACAUCCGAGAGUUGGACUGGGGGCAGCCCACGCUACCCGACUGGCUCAAGAUCUACCUGAGUGUUUUCCUCGUCUUCCCCAUGUACGUGUGGGUCUACUUUGAACCGGAAGAGAAGGGAAAACAGAAGUUUGAAACAGAUGAUGAUGAAGAGGAGGUGGAGAUUGCAGAGGACACCAUGCUUCUGCGACCGACAUCCAUGGACUUGGGGGUCAAGAGGAAAAAAUCUGUUGUGAAGCAGAAGCUACACAGUCUGAUCGCUCGGGGGAACCUGGGGAUCAAGCUGCCGCUAUGGAAACAGAUCUUCUAUCUGUGGAGUGCCCCCAUCACCAAGUUCUGGAUCAAUCAGCUGUUCUAUGUGUUCUUCCUGGUGCUGUUCAGUGUGGCAGUGUUGUGGCCCUCGUGCGGGAACGUCUACCUCAACAGCGUCGUCUUCAUAUGGACCGUCAUCAUCUGGGCAGAACUUGUCAGAGCUACACUUGUCAAGAAAGCGAAAUACCCUGAGGUGCCAAUAUUCUGGAAGACAAUCGAGAUCAUCCUCAUCAUGGUGUUCAUGCUGAUGUUCCCCAUCUUCCGCAUCCUGCCACACUUCUUCCCCUACGUGGACUACAUGACCACCAAGUUCAUCAUGAGCAUCGGCCUGCUGCUCUUCUACUACCGCACACUGGCGGUCUUCCUCCCUAUGAGCCCCACACUCGGUCCCAUGCUCAUCAGCAUCAACAAGAUGGUACGGAAGGACUUCAUGACGUGGAUGCGGAUGUUUCUGAUCGUGAUGGUGGCCGGGGGCAUCACAAUCCACGCGGUGUUGUACCCCAGCUACCCCCUCACACAGGAGGGCAUCAAGAAGGCCCUGGCUCGCGCCUUCUUCGCCAUGUUCCUCACCAAGAUAGAUGACCUGGAAGGUGAUGAAGACUGCAACAACUUGUACCGCAACAAGACGAUAGAACACUGCAGCGUCAGUUCCAGCACCUCCGGCACUGCUAGUGACCAGUUGAACCGAUGCCCUUACAGCAGCCUAGGGGGGUAUGCCAUUGUCAUCCAGUACCUGCUCAUCACCAAGCUUGUCCUCAUCACCCUACUCUACGCUAUGUUCAGCGACACUAACGCCCGAAUCAGCAAUGAAGCUGAGGAGAUAUGGAAGUACCAGCGCUACACCAUCAUCGUGGACUUCGACGAGCGGCUGCGCCUGCCGCCCCCGCUGACGCUGAUCAGCUACAUGUGCAUGUUCCUGUCGCUGGUGUGGAGGAAGCUGAAGCAGCUGUACUACCGAUGCCGCUCCUGCUGCAAGUGUGUCAAGAAGGACAUGAAGGACGGUAUGAAGAAGGUCCAGAUUAUGAAAGUGAGGCGGACAGUGGAUUUCAACUACUGGAAGAGUUGUCUGCAGACCUUCAAUACAGAAGAGGAACAGGAGCUGAUAGAGAGACACAGGAACAAGGAACAGAGUGAUAGCUUGUCUCGGCUGAUUGAUGACAUGGAACUGCAGAAGGACAACCAUCGCAGAAUGAACAACCGUGUGGUCCACGUGGAGAAGAAUGUCACGGUCUGUCGGCUGCUCCUCGAGGAGAUGAAGCAUAUGAUACAGAACCUGGAUCCAAAGAGCCAGGGCCUGAAGCCGGUGCAGCAGCUCGUGCAUGUGUCGGCCCGCCAGUCCCCCUACCCUGGGACACGCACACAGCGCUUCCCCGUCUUUGAUAAAUACGUGGCCUGGGAGGUUGUGUAUGAGGCGUAUGACCCGACGUACAUGACACGCCCCCUGGAGGACUUCAACGAGGAGUACGCUCCCUUUGUGGACCCGGACAUUAUGGAACUCCGCCAUGAGGAACAGUCCCGACAGAAGAUGAGUCCUGAGGAAGUGGAGAAGUUGUCCCCCUUGCCUGAAUUCACUCCCAUGUGGAACACCGUGUUUAUCGAGAAGGUUGACGAUGUUAGUGUUGAUUUGGAUCGUACUUCAUGGAUCACGUUCGACAACCAGCCUCUGAGAUAUAAAUUGGACACGACAGACCUUCCACAGAACCCUCUGGGCAGGACGGGUAUCCGUGGGCGGGGCAAGUUGUGGAGGUGGGGCCCCAACCAUCGUAUUGCAGCCGUGGUGACACGGUGGAAGAGGAAGUACUCGCCGCUGGGCUACCCUCUGGACCACAUUGUCGUCGAGGGGAAGAGGGUCCUGGAGUUCAUUGUGGUCCCCCGGCCGGAUACAGGGGAGCUAACUCUUCCAGGGGGUAACGUGUACGGCAUGACCACUUCCUAUGGUGUGAUGUGUGAGGAGUUUAUGAAGGGUGUUCUCAACACAGAGGAUGCUGAGGAAUGUCAGCGGUUCGGGGAGGAAGAUAUGAUCAACUUCUUUGCCGAGUUUGCAAUGUCCACCUCCAGUGAAACACUGUACAAGCUAUCGCAGAUGAACGCAGCAGCAAAAGGCUUCAGUGCCCAGAUCCUGUACCGCGGCUACAUCGACGACCCCUCCAACACCGACAACGCCUGGAGGGAAGCAGAGGUGUGGAACUUCCACUACCAGCUCAGUGACACACUUGACGACAGGAUCCCAGUGAGAGAAAAUGCCUGGAGAGAAAUAUCCCCCUACACCCGUCUCUAUGGCAACCAAGAUUCCAUUGUGAAAGAAGCAGCAAGGAUACACGAUUCCUACUUUUAACCCUUGUGGAGUUCUCCAUCACCUGGUAUCUAUCUCAGCAAUAUAACCAGCACUGCUUCCUGAACACUCAGCAGUGUACAUACAUCACAAGUGCCCUAUACGUGCCAUUAGAAUUUUGGUUACUCCAUCCAGCUAUGCAGAGGUUGCCAUAGUAACAGGGAUCUGUUUACCUUCCAGUGAUGACAAUCACGAUGUGGCCAUAAGUAUUAGUUGAAGAUUAGCAAUGUCACCAUUACAAUACCAGGAUGAAGACUGGAGACAAGUGAUGCCAGGAUGAGGACAGAUUAGUAUGUCGCCAUCUGCGACAUUAGAAGCGACUAACGGGAUCGGGUGGUCAGGCUUACUGACUUGGUUGAUGCAUGUCAUCGAUCCCAAUUGCGUGGAUCGAUGCUCAUGAUAUUAAUCACUGGAUUGUCUGGUCCAGACUCGAUUAUUUACAGACAGCCAUCAUAUAGCUGGAAUAUUGCUGUGUGCGGCGUUAAACAACAAACUUGAAAAACAGGAUGAAGAGAUAUAUAAAUACAGACAUCGGUCUGGAUUAAGAUGAUAAUUGUAUGGUGGAAUAUUGUUUUGUCCUACACCCAGCAAGAUGAGCAUGCUUCACUGCUACAUCGCAGACCUCAGGUCCAAGGCAGGUGCUUGCCCCAGUGUUGGUUGUGCAUAUGGAUGGAUGUACUCUGUAUGUGUCUUAAGCAGGGCGAAGUGUCUUGAACAUUGAUGAGAGUCUCUGGUCAAAGUGUGCAGCUAUUUGGGGGAUACUAUUGCAGGAAGCUCACACUGUGCCAUGAAUAAUGUCAUGUUUGCAGCAGAUUGUCAAGAAUAUUACAUUUGGAAUGCUGGAUUCUGUAAGAAUGUUAUAAUUUCAGUUCACAGCGAUUUGAAUCUCAUGAGUUUAGCUGCAGCCUCGACUGGUGUUCUACAUACCCAACAGAACAAUGUAUAUGUUCAAGAGUAUCUUAGAUGAUGUCUCAGCGUGCAUGUUAUAUAUUAUUGCCAUUUUGAAGAAGCACAUCAGAACAUUUGUUGACUUGUCAUUAAGGCAGUUUGUUUUUUGAUAAUGUCUUUUUAAGAAAUACUGGUGCAGAUAGGCGAGUCCCUCUUUCUCUGUGUGUAAAAUUGUGGAACUGAGCUGUUAUAUAUAUAUAUACAUAUAUACAUACAAUGUAUAUGAGAAGGAGAAAUAUGUUUUCUUGAUGUGCGAUAUGUUAGAAUGAAUUGUUUAGUUUAUUUUGGGUUGGUAUUAUUGAGGUGAGGUGAGGUGAGGUGAGGUGAGGUGAGGCGAGGCAGGGCGAGGUGAGGUGAGGUGAGGAGAAAUGGGUCUUUACAUCAUGUUUAAGAUUAUUGUGCAUUUAUUGCGUCAUGCAUUGAACAUGUAUGUGUGUCUGUCUGAACUCGUUCAGUCUAAUGACGGUUUUAUAGUGCUAGCCACAGCUCAAACAGAUCUGAAGAAUAAUUUGACUAAUUAUAUUUUAUUAUAUUUAGUGACAUAUUUUCGUGAUUAAAAAAUAGUUGCUUUUAUUUUUAGACCCGACAAUAUAGUCAUUGCCCAGGACAGGGAAGUGCCUGAUCAACAAUUACCGUAGUCAACGUAGUAACAGUUUCAAUGCGUGUUACUUCUUAUCGGUCUGGUCAGUUUCUUUGUAAAAUUGUUUCAUGAUUAUGACAGUUUGGGGAUUCAGAUCACAAGAGUAACGUGUAACUUUUCAUUAUCAAGAACUAUUGGAUAUAAUCUAUAGACAGGAAAGUAAUGUCAUAUUCAUUUGGAGAAUUAUCAAUGCAGGGUACUUAAUAUAUGAAAUGACCUUAGAUAUCAUACAUAUUUUUAUUCAGCCUUGUUGCUUGUCUUGCCAGCUCUGUGGGCUCGCAAUGGUUUGCUGUUCUCUGUAUGUAACAUGGACGCUAUGGAACCUCUGUGAACACUGUUUAACACUGUUUAACUGUGUGAUUGAUGAAGACAAUCAGUUAUUGUUGUGUAGGUGUGUGUCAGCAAAGUGUGAUAGACCAAUACUAAUGUUCUGUAGUAUAUAGAUAGUAAUCGAUGAUGUUUCAUGGUCACAUGUAACUGAUGAUCUGUCAUGGUCACAUGUGACUGAUGUUACAUGUAACUGAUGUUUGAUGGUUGCAUGAAGUGAUCAUGUUUGAUGGUUACAUGUAGCAGAUGAUGUUUCAUGGUCACAUGUAACUGUUGAUGUUUGAUGGUUACAUGUAACUGAUGAUGUUUGAUGGUUACAUGUAACUGAUGAUGUUUCAUGGUCACAUGUAGCAGAUGAUGUUUGAUGGUUACAUGUAACUGAUGAUGUUUCAUGGUCACAUGUAGCAGAUGAUGUUUGAUGGUUACAUGUAACUGAUGAUGUUUGAUGGUUACAUGUAACUGAUGAUGUUUCAUGGUCACAUGUAGCAGAUGAUGUUUGAUGGUUACAUGUAGCAGAUGAUGUUUGAUGGUUACAUGUAACUGAUGAUGUUUGAUGGUUACAUGUAGCAGAUGAUGUUUGAUGGUUACAUGUAACUGAUGAUGUUUGAUGGUCACAUGUAGCAGAUGAUGUUUGAUGGUUACAUGUAACUGUUGAUGUUUGAUGGUUACAUGAAACUGAUGAUGUUUGAUGGUUACAUGUAACUGAUGAUGUUUCAUGGUCACAUGUAGCAGAUGAUGUUUGAUGGUUACAUGUAACUGAUGAUGUUUCAUGGUCACAUGUAGCAGAUGAUGUUUGAUGGUUACAUGUAACUGAUGAUGUUUGAUGGUUACAUGUAACUGAUGAUAUUUCAUGGUCACAUGUAGCAGAUGAUGUUUGAUGGUUACAUGUAACUCAUGAUGUUUGAUGGUUACAUGUGACUGAUGUUUGAUGUGACAUGUAACUGAUGAUGUUUGAUGUUACAUGUCACUGAUGAUGUUUGAUGUUACAUGUCACUGAUGUUUGAUUGUUACAUGUAACUGAUGAUGUUUGAUGUUACAUGUCACUGAUGUUUGAUGUGACAUGUAACUGAUGAUGUUUGAUGUUACAUGUCACUGAUGUUUGAUUGUUACAUGUAACUGAUGAUGUUUGAUGUUACAUGUCACUGAUGUUUGAUUGUUACAUGUAACUGAUGAUGUUUGAUUGUUACAUGUGACUGAUGAUGUUUGAUUGUUACAUGUAACUGAUGAUGUUUGAUUGUUACAUGUGACUGAUGAUGUUUGAUUGUUACAUGUAACUGAUGAUGUUUGAUUGUUACAUGUGACUGAUGAUGUUUGAUAGUGCUGUGACCUGCUCCCUGCUGGCUGUCAGGGUUGCCCAGGCCACACCUCCUUGUUGUGUCUCCGUUAUACCAAAUCUUUCUGUUGUGUCUCCGUUACAUCAUACCUCUCUGCUGUGUCUCCGUUACAACAUACCUCUCUGCUGUGUCUCCGUUUCACCAAACCUCUCUGUUGUGUCUGUUACACUAAACCUCUCUGUUGUGUCUCCGUUUCACCAAAUCUCUCUGUUGUGUAUCCUUUGCAGCAAACUUCUCUGUUGUGUUGUCUGUGUGUGGAAUAUAUUCCUUCAAGUUGUAAAUAGUUUUCGUGUUGACUGUUGUUACUAAGUUAACUUGAGUUAUCCAGGUAGAAUUUGCAUUUAUCUCCUAUGUAAAAUUUGUUUUACCUUAGGACAUGUUCUCUGAUAAUCAAACAGGUGCGUAUUUCUGUGUGUGAUUUUAAUCAGAAGCAUCACAAAGAGAAACUAUUUUUCAAUAUUGGUAUGUUUUAUAUGGAUUUUUUUUUAAGAUUUGUUUAUUUCCACCUUUAUUUACCUUUUAUCCGACACAAUACCUCCACAAUGUGUCAUAUCACAUGUCACAUAUUAACCUGGGAAGAUCCGGGGUAGAAUAGGUCUUCAGCAAGCCAUGCUUGCCGUAAAAGGCGACUAUGCUUGUCAUAAGAGGCGACUAACGGGAUCUGGUGGUCAGGC